AUGCCGCCCAGUCAGAAGCCGACUGGCCAGGCUGUUGCGAAGCCCCAGAAGGGGAAAGGCAAAGGAUCCGAGACGGAGUCACAAACCUCGAAGAUCGAGUUCGCUUUACCGCCGGCUAUGGUCACCUCUUUACAAGCAAUCACUUCGCGCUCUACUCAAGACUUGUGGGGAAACCCCACCAGCAUCCCCGGCGACCUGAGUGUCGAACAACAGGCACAAAGACGUGCCUCAGCUGUGGGGAAACUUUCGAAACGCAUUUCUGGAAAUCUGCGUGCGAAGGACGAGCUACGUGCCUCUCUCCAGCAAUGGGUGAUAACCAUAGCCAUUCACCUCGCUGGCUUGGUUCAAAGAGUUCGUGCCCUGGGAGAGAAAGUGGAUAUGGAUUUGACGGAGGCCCUCCGCGAGAUGAGGGAUGCCCUCCAUCAGCAGCCCUCUAUUACCACAUCGGAGCAGGUGUCUGCGGCCACAGAGGCAGUGGGCCGGCCAAUCUGGAGUCAACUGCAGGAGCACGAGAUUUUUCGUGUGGUUUCCGCUUUGCGCGCGUUUGGUGUUGUGGAAGCCCCUCAGCGUGGCAUGGAAGCGGGCUCCGAAGUCAGUUUUGGGUUGGCAACAGCAGCAAUGCCGUCACCCGAGGGCAUGGACACAGAGUUAGGCGGACCCUCGGAUUUGGGCCUGCCAGUCGGGGCAAGAUCGGUUCCCGAGGCUGGUCCUCUUACUGGGGCGGAAGUUGUUGGUGGCCUCAGAGCUGCCACUGGCCGGCCUCUGGACGCCAGCGUGAUUCCAGGAGGCACUACCCCAGAGGCUCUACAGCGACCACAACAGACUCAGGUGGUGGACAGCUCCGAGCCUGCUCAUCCAGACCUUGGCGGUAUGUCUUGGGAGGCUGCAUGGCUGCAACUACUACAAUUUGCCACCGAACAUGGAUCAGCGCUGGUGGGCGAGGUGAUUCGCGACCCACAGCAGGACAUGGUGCUUCCCCUCCAAGACCAAACCCCCGAGGAUCGCAGCGAAAUAUUGGAGGCCGCAGAGGAUACCUGGUUGGCUAUGUUGGCAGCCUUGGACAUACAGGAACCAGGGGCUGUCCAUACACUGUGUGUUCGAAUGCAGGACCUCCUCAGCAGGCUACGAAUGUGCCCGAGUGCUGUCAGUGGUGUGCGGCAGGGGAUCAUCCUGCUUGCUCAAGUCACGUUGGGCAAUCUGCUAGACCCUUACUCCUAUGCUCCCACCACGGCGCAGGAGUGGCUCUUCCCGACAGCUAUUGCAGAACACGGCUCUCUGGCCAGAGGUGCCCUGCUCUCUUGCAGAUCCCGGAAGAUGGAUUCUCAGACCAACUUUGGAGUGAGCUGGUCUGCUGUCACUGGGGCCGUCGGUGGCAGUGCGUGGGCGACCUAUUUGUAUCGCAUCUCAGGCGUGCAGAUCUGGCAGCAGGGGACCUUCGGCCUGUCAGAACGCCCAAUGCGCCUCUCCUUGAGCCGGCCCUCAGGAUGGUUCCACCCUACCGCACGUCUUCUGCUGCUGGCUUAUGGUGAUGCCUUCCAGGCUGAGGAGGACGACGCACCCGCCACGUUGGAGGACCGGUUUAGCACCAGCCUGUCAUUGCCCACUACAGGAGAGUUGGCCUUUCAUGAUCUAAGUGGUGCAAAUGCCGUCAUCCUUCAUGCACACGGACACACGUACGCCUGUGUUCCCUCGUAUGCCGACCAUCUUACACUUCGAUCGUCGGCCUUGAGCGCUGUUGCAGCUGAUUUGCAGAUUCAGCCAAGAGGACGACUCUGGUGUGCUCGCCUUCUUCCCCCCUUGGACCGCAUGCCUGCCAUUCAAUUUGUAGCGGCAUAUUGUGAGGUCGGGGAGGUGCUAGGAGUUGUUGAUCUUCGUCCGUCUGAUGGUGGCGUUCAUGUGAUCCAGGUGCGGGAAGGUGCCACACCGGCUGAGCGUAUUGCGGAAGCUGUUCAGCAACACGGUGAGCCAUCUGGCGGCACGCCGCUAGCUGCGGGGCUUGCUCAGGGCCUGCUGCAGGUCUUGCAUAGGGAACAUGUGGUAGAUCCAUUCGCGCCUCUCAAUGCCGCCCCGCCCGCUCCGGUUGUUGUUCUUUGGCGCCGAAGUCAUCUGGCUUCGGGUUACAGGGAUCCCCAACUGCCUGGGGAGGAUACUGAGGUUCAUGCCGAGGUGACACUUGGAGCUGCGAUAGUUCGGGGUGCUGCACCUUCCUCCGCUACUCGAUCUUUCGGUUGUUGCACUUGGGGCCCCCUUCUCGGCCUCCUGCUUGCGGUUCCACGAUGGUUACCUCUGCUGACUAUUCCGUACAUCGUCUCUUGUAUGCACGAGCAUGAAGCUGCGGUGGAGGUCUUCCAGCCUAUGGGAGACAGCCCCUGGUCUGUGGUUGUUCAGCACCCAGGUCUUGCGUCUGCUGAGGAACACGCCACAUUAGGCAGGAGCCUACCUUCGAUAGAUGCCAGAACGACCCUUUGUCUCUCGGUAGAUGACAGAGCUGGUGUGCCGGAGUUCCGAUUCUGCAUUUGGAGCCCUGGUGAUAGGACUUGCUUCUUUCUGCCGGGGGCCAGUAAACCGGUGAUCUUGCGUGAGCGCCUUCUUGAAGCUAAGGUUCGCCUUAGUCGAGGUGACUGCUUAGUCUGGGACCCAUUGCCGGCGGACCGUGGGUUGCACUUCGUCGCUACGGCCCAGGAUCCCGCACUUGUCACGGUCAUUGCCGAUACGGGCCGUGAGCACCUGUGCCUGGAUGUUCCUCGUGUUCGUUUCGGCACUGCUCUGCUUUCGGCUGUGCAGCUGCUGUGCCCGGAACGCUGCUUUCGAAUCACGGAAAACGUUCGGACUCCUGUUCGACACGGAGAUGUCAUUCGGCUUUUCGAUGAGCCGAUUGCUAGCUGCCGAACACCGCAGUUCUAUGUACCCAGGUUUACCUAUCCGCCCUCCUUGGAGCCGGGAACACAGCUAGUUUACAUUGCUUCUGUGGACAUGGGACUGAUUCGACUCAAGGUCCCUUGGGGGGUCGAUAUUCACGCUCUGGAACGAGCACUUAUCGUCUGGUUGGGCAGACAGCGUUGUCUUGGGGUUAGGCUGCACAAGCUUGACUUGGAUGUUUCCGUUCCGGUUUACUGCUUGCCGCGCAGGGGGCGCAGUACACUUGCCGUUGGACUGCUCGACCUCGCUGAUCCCAUCAUGGACACCAUUGUGCAUGUUGUUGAUGCUGACGAGUCGGUUGAGCUUGACUGUGAGAUUCUUCGUGAGCCCUGGCGUACGGCCUCCCUCUUUUGGAAUGAUAUUCUAGAGAGGGAGCCGGUGUGUGUUGCUUGUUGGCACUCUACGCCGGUUGAUUCUGCCGGUGGACCGCGCUUCCGCAUGGUGGCUCUAGGCCUUGAUGUGUGUCGUGCGCUGGGUGCCGGGUGGCAGCCGCCAGUCCCCAGUGUGGUCCCAGAUUAUGACCUGGUCAUUGCUGCUGAGCACCUGGGCAUUAGUUGGGGUUCCGGCCUACUAGCCGCUAGCCGACAUGCCUCUACCCAAACUGUUGCGACGCACUGGCCUAUGCGAGCGUCACCUCUGUUCUCCUCAGCGAUGCCUGUGCCGCGCAGGGCUGAAGGCUGUUCAUUUGACGAAAAGUACGGGGCGGAGGGCACCCUCUUCCAUCUGGAGUGUUCUCAUAUGCAUGUGCGCUGCACUGUUCCGUGUGUUGCAGGUCGGCACAUUUGGGCUCUCCGCUUUUGCAAUUGGGUCCGGGCCGCGUGUACUACUCGUCUGAGCUGGGACGAAGUGCUGGAGGUGGCUGGCCUCUCCUAUUGUGAUCUGCCCGGUACCAGUAUUCACGGCCCGGAUCAGCUCUGGUCGUGGCCAGAAGAUGUUGUUUCCCUCUCCGGUCAGUGUGGUCAUGUUAUGCACAGCGGUAGCGGCCCAUAUCUUGAAUGCAUCUACUCGGCUGACCCUCGCCCGCCGCCGACCCCUGCCGCUCGGUCCCACGGUCAUCGGUUGGCCUUGUCCUGGUGGCAGCUUCCGUUUCUUGCGAUUGUCACUCGAGGUCACGCUCUUUAUGGGGGUGCCAGCCUCUUGUUGGCUCUCACCACCGCCCACGCUGCGAGUGACACUAAUGCCUCCGACACCCCGUCUGCUCUACACAGCUCCAGCGAAUCUGAAGGGCUUGCGGCUAUGACUAAUUCCACUCCCAGUUGUAGCUCGGCCUGGUGCCAUGAGCUCUCAUGUCAGAGCACUCACUUCACUGUUAACUCUGCUUCGCUUGCGGAGUAUUUCACUGCCUUUUCUCCGACCGAGCCGGUUCGUGUUCAGCUCUGGAAUCCCUUCGAAGGCCCCUCCCUCUUCGAUUUCCUUCGGACUGAGUCAGCCACGGCUCUGCACUCCAAGUUGUUAGCUGCCGGGCAUGACCCGUCGAGGCGAGUCUUGUACGUGGCCUUCGACACUCAGAGCACCGUGGUUGACUUGGUCUCAGUUCCCCCCAACAGUGGCCGUUGGUGGAUUGUCCGUGACGGGUUGUCCAGGGAGCUGCUGCGCCCUGUCACCACCUGGGUUGACGAGAAUCGUCGAUCGGUUGUUACUUUGAACUCGCGUGGCCAAGCUGCGAGUCUCGCUACUACGCCUGAGACCGUGGCGUUAUACCACCUCCCGCAAGGAGCGCGUGGAGCUACUGCCGCUCCUUUCACCCGAGUCUAUGGACACAUGACCACGGCUGGGAUUGCUCUUGUCGAAGCUGGUAUAGGUGUGGUUUCAGGUGCUAGACCACGCUUGUCACUCAUAGCGGGUACUCUUAUGCUGUUCGCUGUGCCUAGCCAGGCCAUGAUGCAGGGUCAGGUGGUGCCAACAAGCUCGCAAGCUCUCUGGAGUAAUGCCCAGCCACCGCCUCAGCAUACUCGGAUCUGGACUCACACGCUUGCUGCCCCCGUAACCGUCGCUUACUCGCCAGAGCCUAACCCUGCUCGACUUGCUGCUGCAGUUGCCGCUACACAGCGCGGUCCCAGGGGCGAUGGAGUCUUUGAUUGGACGGUCCCGCGGCAAUACGGGGAUACCGCGCAUAUCAUUCACUACCCUGCCGGUCUUUGUCCGCCCUUUGUCUUCUGGCUGCUGCAUUAUCGCGGCAGGGGCGCUGUUAUUUGCGCUACUCCAGGGCAUGUUGACUGGCAGUAUUUAGCGCAAGAGGCCUCGGAAGCAUUUUCCUCCCCGGGUUUUAUGCAAGGUUCCUUCGGUAUUCAGCAUAAUGGGCGGAUAUUUGCCUACGGCUCUGACCUUGUGACGCCACCUCACGGCACCAUCCUUCACUUAGUUCGUAUGGGGGCUCGGGCUUCUUCCGGUUCUGCUGGUAACGUUUGGGAGGCCCCUGCUGAGCUUCACUGGAUACCUCAGUUUGAGUAUAAUCUCUGUUUGGGUCCCGGAGGUGAAGCCCCCAUAUGUGAUGGCCUUCCUGGUAAUCGUGCAGCACCGGGCUCGGGUGAGGAAUUGCAGGCCUCCCUGUCUUACAUGCAGCACCUGCUAGGUGGGCUUGAACAAUCAGUCGAGCAGUGCCAUGCGGCAGCAGUCGCACUUGCUACUAGCCAUUCUGCCACCGACUCCGUGCCGGCGACAGCCAACGGGGAGGGCCCCCCCGCAUCUUCCGCAUCUUCAGCAAGCCCAUCCUAUGGGGCGAAUUAUGUAGUCCAGAUGUGCUUUGUCUUGGUUCUUGGGAUUGGUCAACAGAACUUAGCUGGCUUGCUGGUGUAUGGCUUAGCUUCCUUCGCUGUGUCGUUUAUGCGGACGAUUCUGGCGACGAAGCACCUGAUGGCCCUACA